GAAUUUUUACUCAAAACCCGCACAACAAGACUUUGUAGCCCCUCACAACCAGAAGGAAGGCCUGGCACCAGCUCAGUUGCUUCGCUCCAGCUCAUCGGUCACCUGCCCAUUCUCUCAUUUUUAUCAAACACAUCGGUCUCCUCACACUGAAGGCCCAUUUUUGUCUCCUGUGCUCAUCUCUCAGUUUACAAACAGCUCAUGCUUUGAUUAGCUCUCCACAGGUUACACAGGUUAUUUCGCGCGUGGAUUAUCCCAGAGACGAUUCACAAGUCAUCCAAACGAUCCACCAGCAAGUCCUUUCAUCAGCUUCCUCCUAGCUGAACCAGUCCUGUCAUCAGCUUCUCCUAGCCGAACUCAUACAAUGUCGACAAAUGAUAGUGCAUUUGGCUCAUCCCAGAAAGCGAUGGAGUGUCACCCGACUGUUUCAAUCAUCCCAGCGAGGUCUCCUGGCGCCUGGCAAUCAUCUCCGAAAGGUUCAAGCUUCAGACAAACACGAUGGCCGACCAAUAACUUCCAAUUGUCCCUGCAAGGUUCUAACUUAAAUAAAGCAACCUGGACGACCAAUACACCAUCUGGCUUGUCCCAGAAAUCACUGGAGGGUCCUCAUGUUGCUUCAAUCAUCCCAGCGAGGUCUUCUCACACCUGGAAAUCAUUCCCCUAUAUUUCUAACUCAACCAAAUCAAUUUUACCGACUAUUAGGCCAUUUGGCUCAUCCCAGCAAGCAAUGGGGGGUCAUAAUUCAGCUCCAAUCAUCCCAGCGAGGCCCCAUGACCACUUCCGAUCAUUCCCACAAGGUUCUAACUUGAAAAAAACAAUCUGGCCAACCAAUAGCCCUUUUGGCUUGUCCCAGGAAGCAAUGACAAUGUUGCCGGUGGAUAGGUCGUACUUUGGAUCGUUACCUAGCUUUCCAAGUCAUCAUAAUCCACAAAUCCAUGGCUCAUUGGCAACUCAAUUACCUCUCCAGAAUGCCUUGGCAAUCAAUCCUCAGCUUUCUGAAGGCGGAAUGGCUGGUACCAGUCUCAACGAACGACUCCUCUCGAGCUUUGUAUCAACCGGUUCAGCAUUUGUUACGCCAAAUUUUGAAGGCAGCUGUGGUGCUUCUACUAGGAGAAAACGGUUCCGACCUGAUGAAGACAUCAAACGAUGGAAUCGACUUCGCCACAAAGCCAGCAUGCCAUUCUGUGCUACCCACCCGAUUCCUCAGGCCAAACUAGUCCAUUCUCCUUCAUCUCAAGACCCUACGCCCCUUUCUAGUCCAUCCGGCCCAAAAAAAGAUUUCUACUACUUCGUUCCUCCGAGCCGUCAACAUGACCCCGAACCUAAUGUGAUGCACACCUCCCAAGCAACUCUCACAUCUGCCUACAAAUGUCUAGACCAUGGAACCGUCAUAAUUGCCCCCCGAAACAAGGAAGCUUUCUGCAAGGCUAAAUUCCUACCCUUCGAGUCAAUGCCAUCAGAUGAGUUACUUGGUUGGCAAAAGCUAGUUUGCUUUUUUCUCUCCCGAACUAAUUACAUUGCACCAGUUAAAAAUAAUGGCCCUCACAUGGGUGGAACCAUGUGGGCUGACGGAUGGCGGAAGUGCUCGAAGGCAUGCGAGGCGUUCGGCCGUUAUUGCUCUGUUACUCGAUUGGUUGCCAUGAUGCGAAAAUCAAACUACGUUGCUGAGGAUGAAGCUGUUGCAGUUAGAGAAGCCAACGACUGGAUCUCUAUUCACCUUCAAGAACUGGCUCCUGGGGUCUUUGAAGAUUACCGAGCAACUCUUAUCAACAACAAUUUACCCUCGAUGGCCCACAUGGAAUGGCCUCCCUCCUCGUACCACGCUCUAGACUUCGCUUCUUUCCUCACGUUUACAAUGUACGAUUUUUUCAACGAGAGCCAUUUCGAUAGCGAUGCGAAUAAUUGGACCCUUGUCUGCUGGAUACCAAUUUUUAAUCCUCGAACCUCAGAAGAAGAUGAUCCCAUCUUGGCAGACAAUGGAUUCGAUAUGAUAGGGGGUCAAUUCACAUUUCGGGAUUUUCAGGUGUACUUGGACUUAAAUAAAGUACUUGGUGUGACCAUGUGUGUGUUCCGGUCCAAAGAUCACCAUCAUCAGACAUUGGCUGGGUCUUCACCAUCUGACAAGUAUACUCGGAUUGGGUUUUCCUGUCAAAUGUCUGAAGCUAUGACAAAUGCUGUUGUAGCUUACAUUAACGGUACAGCAACAGGUGACUGCAUAGCUGGUCAAAAGAAACAAAUAGAAAAUGCAGAAAAAAGCAUUGUGAAUCAAGACCAAAAGAAGGCAGAGAAAAAGCGUGAUGGGAAGAAGCCUACAUGACUCGUGAUUGUCUCAAUUCUAAAGGCUUUCAGCUUAGUUUCACUUUUUAUUCAUUGGCUCUCUUUUACUCUUUUACCAAAUCUGUUCUGAAAUUCCUGUUUGCAAACAUAAUUCAUGCUUCAUUGAACCCUCUUAUCCUCACACAUAAUUUUUUCUUUUCUUCAGAAUUAUUAUUGCUUUCUCCUGGCAUCUGCCAAUAAUAAGUGAAGACCCAAAGCUAGGAUCCAAAAGAGCAUAAAGUUUUUUGUCUUGUUUUCAAACAAAUCAUGUUCCAAUUAUCACGAUUGAAAAGUAUUGAGAUACCUUAA